AUGGAUGCAGAGCUUUAUACUCAUAUCCUUAAAGAAAAAUUCCUUCAGAGCCUUGAGUCUUAUGGGAUGGAAGUGGGUGAAAUUAUCUUUCGACAAGAUGAUCCAAAACACCUUCUGCAUUGCUUAAAAUGGCUCACAGAUGAUAGUGUUGAGGUGCUGGAUUGGCCUGUACAAUCACCAGACCUCAUACUCAAUCCUAUUGAACAUCUAUGGCAACACCUCAAAGGUGGAAUGCCACCUCAAGUAUGUAUUGAUCUUAUAGAGAGUAUGCCCAGGUGUGUUGCUGCUGUGUUAAAGGCCAAGGGUAGAUACACAUAA